AUGGACGCCAUGUGCGUCCACCCACGCUUGACGCUGCCAACGGAGAUGCCCCAGUUCGACAAGGGGUGGUCUUGCACGAAGUUCACUGAUGAGCGGGUGACGUUGGUGUUGGAGCAGAUGAAAUCUGACAUGAAGCCAGGCAACGCGAAGGCGGCGAUGGUGACUGGGGCCAUGCUUCUUAGGGAAUUCUUGAUGCUGCGCGUGGCCCCGCUUCAGGCGCGUACGCGCCCCUUGUGGAGGCUUGGGGACGAAGAGGACAAGGUUCGCCUGAGCUCGGAAGCCUUGCCUGACGGUGAGCUGGCUGCAGCUCUCCGCCUCUUGGUCGGGGACGACCAGGAUUACCAGCCAAGCGUCUUCAUUCCCUUGUUCUGCCGCAAGGAUGGAGCGCAGGUCGUGGCUGCCAGGCCGACCUUUGACGGGCGCGGACUAGUGCCGCCGGCGCCCACCGGGGCCCCUGUGGCGCCGGCGCCGGUGGAGCUGCCUUCUGACAACGACGAGGCCGACGCCUGCCAGGAGAAAGGGGAGCCGCCCGUGGUCCCGAUGAGGGGCAGGCCGCCGCCUGCGGCGAAGAAGAGGAAGGAGGAAGCCGCGGCCCCGCCCGGGGCCGAACCUUCUACAGCAGCUGCACCCCCCUCCGUGGAGAAGGGGAGCGACGGCACUCGCACCUCCUCGAUCCAGUCGCCCUCGCGAGGUCUGGAGGAGCAUCCUCAUGGGGGGACAGCCCUCGUGGCCCUGCUGGCUCUGGAGGUGUUGGUGUCCAGCCCGGCUGCCAGGGUCCCCAAAGUUCAGAAGCCCCCGGUCUCCCAGGCUCUGGUGACGGCACCAUGUCCUCCUCCUGCUGCGCCAGUGCUUCCAGGUUCCUCUGUUUCUCCUGAUGUCUUGGAGCGCGCCCUUUUGGAAAUGGCCCAGCUGCGAGAAGAUCUCCAGGGCGCCGACUCUCACCUGGUAGCCGGGCGCCUGGAGCUGGUCUCCGGCUGGCUUCAUUCCGACGUGUCUGUACAAGUGACGGUGAGCCAAGCCGUGGCGGCCUCCGAAAAGGAGAAGCAAGCCAGCGCCCAAGCCGCAGCUGCUCGUGAAGUGGCGCUAAAGGAUCCCGAAGCCGCCCAGGACCGCUGCCGGGCGCUGGAGGCUGAACUGAAGAAUUUGUGUGAUGUGCGCGUGGAAGAAGCUCGGGGCCGCCAAGCGGAGGAGGAGAAGAUGAGGGCUCGGGAGGACGCCAUCAAGGAUCGUAACGCUGAGCUGGGGGAGCUGGCGAAGGCGCAGGCCACGGAGUGCAACCGGCUGGAGGAGCUCGAGCGGAAGGUGGAGGCGAAGAAGGCCAGUCUUGACGCCAAGGCGAAGAGGUCCCGUGCGGUGCCGAAGGCACUGUACGAGAAGGGCUUGGAGAGGCCGCUGACCACCGACGAGGAUGGCCCUGCUCAGCUGCUUCCCUACUUGGUUGUCGCGCUUGAGGAGGUUGUGAGCGGCAUCGGUCCUAUGGCCGAGGCGGAAGCCCGCGUUCUUUCCUCAGCUGCACUGAUGCGUGUCUUCAGUCACCUCCAUCUUCGCGAUCCAGCUGCCCGCCUGGACGAGCUGCUGGAGCCUGUGGACGAGGAGCAUUGUGCGGCCGCUGCUGCAACCGUGAAGGGCCAGGUGGAGGCCCUGCUGAAGAAGUUCCGCGGCUUCGCUCUCGCGCCUUCGACCGGCGGUGCUACCGUUCCUGCGGCUCCGGCUGGCGGUACAGGUGAAGGCGACGCCGCCAAGGGAGGAGCACCUCUUGUGGGUGAUGGCGGUGUCCAGGGGUGA